UCUCAUGACUUGUUUGUAAAGUUUUCAAUCUUCUUUUUGGUUUUAGGUCCAGAAGUUGAUGGCUGUGAGAAAAACACAGUUAGACUGUGUCUUUGAGGAGUCAGGAAGUGAUUCCUCUGGGUCUGAACUAUGCAGCCACACCGGAUUGGACCCAGAUUACAAGCCACCUCUGAAUGCAUCAUCAUCCAGUGAUGAUGAAGAUUUGAAAAGCCCAGGCAAAGCUAAGAAAUUGUCCCGUAAAGAAGAGUUCAAAGGUACAGACACAAAUUCAAGUGAAGAUGGAGAUCCGCAAGGAGGCAAAAUCACCAUUGGGAAGAAAAAGAACACAAAAACGUAUGCGAAAAUACAAAAUAAAGAACAAAAGAGGACCAAAAAAGAUAAAGUGACUGUAACCCUGACUGUAAAAACUUGUACAAAAAGAGAAGACAACAAACGUGCAUGGGACAAAAAGCACUAUUGCCUGUACUGUGGCCAAUCAAACGCUAAGAUGGCAAGGCAUUUGCAGAGAAAGCAUAUGGAGAUCAAGGAUGUAGCAUAUGCCUUCAGUUUCCCUUUAGGAUCGAAGAAAGAAAGGUUCUUUUGGAACAACUGCGAAAUAAAGGUGAUUUUAAGCACAAUAGCAAAGUCCUGGCAAAAGGCAGAGGAGAACUAGUGACAUGGAAGCAGCCCUCUCAUAAAGCUUCUGUUACGGAUUAUUUGCCUUGCACAUUUUGUUUUGGAAUGUUUGCAAAAAAGGAUUUGUGGAGACAUCAGUCAUCAUGCAAAAGCAAAAAGUCAUGUGUGCCAGUAGAUGAAAAAAAGACAAGAGGAGCAGUACAAAGUUGUGCUGCACGCCUCCUUCCAAUAACUGCUUCUUCCAAUGGAUGUCAGGGUAUCAUAAACAACAUGAGACAAGAUGAUGUGUCCUUUCACAUCAGAAGUGAUUCUUUGAUUUGCAAAUAUGGAGAGUCACUCUAUGCAAAACACGGCCGUGUGAAGUCCAGGCACCAGUACAUUGCACAAAGGAUGAGGGAGCUUGGCCGAUUCAUGUUGGCUGCUAAAGCUAUGGACAAAACAGUGAGGAGUCUGGAAGAUGUAUGUGCACCAUCAAAAUUUCAGCUUGUUGUCAGUGCAGUAAAGCGGCUUACCGAGUUUAGUCCAGGCAAAAAUGAGUAUGGGAAACCUUCAACAGCGGUUAAAAUUGGAUUCUGUCUUAAAGGAGCUGCAGAGGUACAGAUUGGGCAGGCUCUUAUGCAUGAUGAUGAUCAGGCAGAGAAGAAGGCAAAAAAGUUCUUGGAACUUUUGGAACGAAACUGGAGAAACAAUGUUUCUGUCAGUGCUCACCAAACUAUCCAAGAAAAGAGAUGGAAUAAAAAAGAGGACAUCCCCCUCACCAAAAAUGUGAUUGCGCUGAGGGAUUAUCUCAGGAUGGUAGAAGACAAAGCAAGAGGGGAAUUGAGGCAACAGCUGAGUUUAACAGCAUACAAGACACUAAAUGAGACAGUACUAGCACAGGUCAUCGUCUUCAACAAGCGACGUGAAGGGGAAGCAUCACGCUUGACACUUGAAGCCUACAAGAAAGGAAGCACAAAUCCCAUAAACGAGGACAUUUAUGUAACCCUGUCACCACUGGAGAAAGAGCUGAGCAAGCGAUUAACUCGCAUAGAAGUACGCGGAAAAAGAGGGAGAAAGGUACCUGUUUUCUUGACAGACAAAAUGAGGGAGUCCAUAGACUUGUUGAUUAAAAGGAGAGAUGAAGCUGGUGUUCUUGCUGAAAAUCCCUAUCUCUUUGCAAGACCCGGUGUGAUGACGCACAUACGAGGGUGUGACUGUCUGCGAAAAUAUGCAGAGAAAAGCGGAGCAGAAAACCCUGAUCUCCUGAGGUCAACUAAAUUAAGAAAACAGGUUGCCACACUCUGCCAACUGCUGGAUCUGAGUGAACAAGAGCUAGAACAAGUUGCAAGGUUCAUGGGGCAUGACAUCAGAGUCCACCGUGACUUUUACAGACAGACCGACAAAACAUUUCAAAUUGCCAAGAUAAGCAAGCUUCUAUUUGCAAUGGAACAAGGUGCCUCCACCUUCACGGGAAAGAACCUUGAUACAAUUGAUCUUUCUGUCUGUGGUAAAUGUCCCACAUCGACUUCUGAGAGUGUCCCACAGAGAAAACGGAAACAAGUUAACGAGGUGGAUGAAGAUGGAGGUUCUGACCUCUUCUCCCCCAAAAGGAGACUGGAGCCCCUCAGUGAGGAUGGGAGUUCAGGUGUAGAUGAUCAGAGUCCAGAAAAAAGCUUGGUGAAGAGGCCCUCACAGAAGAAGAAAAGAUGUAAAAUGUCCAAAACAGUGGAAGCAAUGGUGCCACCCAUAGUAAAGGUGAGGAGACCAUGGAGUGAAGCAGAGAGGAGUGCGGUAAACAAACACAUGGCAAAGUUUAUUGCAGAGCGCCGCGUUCCAGGUAAAGAACACUGCAUGCGAUGCAUAAAAGAGGAGGAAGCCUUGGGUAAAAGAUCCUGGAAGGAUGUAAAGAACUUUGUGUACAACACAAAUGUCACAUUAAACCGGAGGAGUGCUACAAGGCAGCUUCACUUUUGACAAUCUUUAUUGUGCAAUAUAAUGUUAUGUUCUAGUUGAUGUCUGCUGCAGUUCUUUUGAUGCUUUGUGCAGUAGUGUUCAAGUGGUGUUUCAAAACAUAGAAAUAAGUAGGGUUGGGCAUCGUUUGGAUAUUAACGAUUCUGAUU